AUGAUGAUCCCUGAGCUGUUCCUGUGCCCAAUCAGCCUGGACCUCAUGUCAGACCCCGUCACCCUCCUCGCCACCGGCCACACCUACGACCGCCGCAACAUCCAGCGCUGGCUCGCCGGCCGACGCACAUGCCCCGUCACCAUGCACACGCUACCUGACAAGUCAGAGCUAGCGCCCAACCGCACUCUGAAGCACCUCAUCGACCGCUGGCUCCUCACCGGCCGAACCCUCUCCGUCUCCGACCUCGCGCUGCCCACGCUCACAGACAACCUCACCGAGGAACAAGACGACACGGCCGUCCUGGAGGAGACGCUGAGGAUCGUCAGGUGCCUCUCCCCUCCAGGCUUGUGCGCCUCGCUCCUUGUGCUGCUGCUUCGCGCUCCUCCCUCGCCGGCGCCGGUGCUGGAGCUGGCGCUCGACUGCCUUGUCGCCUCGCCGUCCAAGCACGAGCUCGCCACCGCCCUGCAACAAGAGGAGGAGCACAAGACGAAGAAGAUCAUGCCCCUCAUUGCCUUCCAGUUGAGACAGGGGAGCAGUGUCAAGGUCAAGACUGGCCUUUGCCGCCUCAUCCAAAUCCUUGGCUCGGCAGGGGCACACCUGCUGCUGGGCCGCUCAGAGCAGGUCAUGGGAGCACUGGGCGCCGCUCUCGUGCUGCACGCCGACAAUGAUGCUGCUGUCUCCAGCGCCGCUCUGAGGGCAAUGUGGAGCCUGAUCCGCUUGCCGGACGAGGCCACCCGGGAAACCGCCGUGGCAGCAGGCGCCGUCGAUGCCCUCCUCUCCUACAUCUCCUCUGGCCACAAGACGAAGAAGAAGAACCUCCUGCUGCCUUUGGCUUUGGAGACUCUGGAGCUUUUGCUCACCAGCGUGGACGCUGCCAGGCAGGCUAUGUACGCUCGGUCCGGCGCAGGCGGCAGUGGCACCGCCACCCUGGUGAGGAUGGUGUUCCGGGUGCCCUCCGAUGGCGGCAGCGAGCAUGCCAUCGGGUCGCUGCUGGUCACAUGCCGCGAGUCAGGGAUAGUCCGGGUGGACGCCAUCAACGCCGGCCUGCUGGAGCAGCUGCUGCUGUUGCUCCAGACCCAGUGCAGCCCCAAGGCCAAGACCAACGCCAGGGCGCUGCUCAAACUGCUCAGGGCCUUGUGGGCUCGUCAUUAA